AGGCGGGGCCUCUUUCCUCUCUGAAAGAGGUCAAUUCGGAGUUUGCCUCGUGCAUGCUCGAUACAUGUCUGGAAAUAUAAACACUAGCUGCCAUACACUUCUGUUUUAGAUAACUGCCAAACACUGGGAAUAAAUGGAGGCGUUCAACCAGCUGAUCUUGGAAUAUCCUCAAUUCAUGUAUGGAGGAGCCGGAGCAACGGUCUUUAUGGCUGGGGGAGCUCUGAUUUACAAAAUUGCAACAAGAAAGAAACCCACACAUGUCAAUGUGAAUUGCUGGUUCUGCAACCAGGACUCAGUGGUCCCAUAUGGAAACAGAAACUGCUGGGACUGCCCCAACUGCGAGCAGUACAACGGCUUCCAGGAGAAUGGCGACUACAACAAACCUAUUCCUGCUCAAUUCUCGGAGCAUCUAAACCAUGGUGUGUCUGCCGGCAUGCCCUUGCCUGAGACACCAAAGACGCUGCAGUGGGUCAACUGUCAGAUGCUGUUGUGCAAAAAAUGCAACAACAACCAGUCCGUCAAGAUCAAGCAGUUGGCCUCAUUCAUCCCAAGGGAAGAUGAGAACUAUGAUGAGGAGAUUGAGGUGUACAAGCACCACGUGGAGCAGACCUACAAGUUGUGCAGACCCUGUCAGACGGCCGUGGAGUACUACAUCAAGCACCAGAACCGCCAGCUCCGGGCUGUGCUCUUCAGCCACCAGCUCAGACGCAGCAGAGACUGUGACAAAGCAUUCGUAAAGAGCUCCUACUCCUUCAGCACACCAGUUGGAGUGAUAUUGCUUCGUGUCAUGGCGUUCUUCACCUGUGCCUUCCUAGUUGCAACAGCAUUGUAUGGCUCUGGGGACCAAACUGCAUCCGCAGGGGCACCCCAAACACUAAGCGGGGGGAUCAUCCCUCCAAAGCCUGCUCCCUCCAACAAAUCCACUCCCAAAAACGGUAGCAGCGAGGCUGGACAGGUGUUGCAAGACCUGCUAGAGCUGCUUCCAGAGGAGGCCGUAGAGAAUGCAAAGCUUGUCUGGCAGUAUGGAAGGAACCAUCAGAUGGCUGUGGUCUCCAUUGGCCUGCUGACCUGUAUCACUGGUGUCUGUCUAGGAGGACCUGUCAGAUUGAGGCGAAUUGAUGCUGUGGCCUCUGUCCUGUGGUUCCUGGUCUUGUGCCUGUACUUGGUGGAGAGAUACCUGAAAGCUGAUGUCUCAAGCUGGCUGGAUGCAGUCAAACUCGGCACUACCUCCUUAUGUUGCCUGGUUGGCUUUGCCGCUGCUGUGGCAACACGCAAAUCCAUGGGCCCGAGAAGAGCGAGAGGUCGAAGGUCAGAAUCUGAACAGUGACACUUAAAUGUACUUAUAAGACCUACCGAAUACACUAGGACACACUUGUGAACACAUAGGAUAUGUUUCUAUAACGCAUAUGACUUUCCCGCCCUUUCUCAUCUUUCCUUUGCUGAUAUUAACCAACUAAUUGAUGCACUCAUGUUAUUAGCCUAAUCUGAAGAUUUCUUACUUGGCAUUGGUUGUCUAAUGCAGCUUUCUGAUUUAUCCUGUUGAUUUGAAAAGUAAUUUUACCAACAACCCUAUCUAAACUACACAGGGACUCCCAUUAAGCAUGGAGCAUAGCUACCACUUAAAUUGUAGCUGUAUUUUUGGACUUUUGAAAGAAAAUGAAAAAAAUUAUAUAUUUCUCUUAGACAAUCAAAAUCAAUUGUCUGUGUAACAGAUAUGAACAGAUCGAGGUGCUGCCUUUUUCUUUGACAUUAGCAUUGCUCAAGCCUCAAUCUUGUUUUUAAAACCCUGAUGGCUAAUACAAAAUUUUGACUGGGCAAACCACGCCUAUCAAAUUUAAUCGAAGGCCUAAGAAUGAGUCAUUUUAUUUCAAAACCUGAUUAUUGUGAUGAAUCCUGGGGUAGUGGGAAAGUGGUUUUAAUCUGAAAGUUCUACAACACUUGCUAGCCGGCAAAGUAGUUUGACAAUAUCGUCCAAUGCCUCCCAUUGUGUGCUGUACGUUUGGUAUUUGGUGGACAAAUAAACCUCUUGGAAGGAGAGAGUCUGGGGACAGGCUUUGGCAGAGGACUAGUUAGUUUAGAUUGGGGGGGAAAACCUGUUCCCAGAAUCAAAUUGAGUAGCUGGCCAGCAUGCACACACUAUUUGUGUUCUAGUUGCUGAGAUUAUUCAAAACCCAGGAUUGUUUGCCGUCCAGUACACUUUGCUCACUGCCUGGGCUACACUACGCAUGUAAAAUGGAGCCCAUAGUCUUUUGGCCAAGUCCCAUGUGUGGGUUUCUCUUUGAAGUUAUUGUAUUCUUCCCAUGCACCUGCAACAAGAUAUCUCACAUGUGAUUUUUAAUGUUUAAUGCCCGUGCCCUACAGUUGUGCUGAAUUCAGUAAUUCAUCCCAACAAGUUUUGCACUGUAAAAACAGUAUGGUUUGUUUGACCUGGCCUAUUUCACAAUAAUGAUGGAAAUCUAGCCGCUGUGAUAAGCUUGGGUGACAAGGUGUCUCAUUGUUAAACCGCCAGGCUAAAUAUUGUUACAGCACUCUGCUUUUUACCUAAAAUAUUUUCCUCUUUUGUUUUGCAACUAUAAAGACCACACUAAUAUAAUGGUGUUGGUUUGCUUUCCUGGCACACUGAAUUUAUUCUUGAAGUUUUGAAUUAAACGAUAGUUGGGUAGGUGUUGUGAAGAAAGGUUUUGUUGACACAUCUUUACCAAUAUACCGAAAAGACUGACUAAUCUUGGUAUUGAAACUCAAAAGUGCCACUGCUUUUGACCUGUAUUUCUCUACUGUUGUGUAGCACAGGUCUUGCCUAGUUGUAUAAAGAAGACAAACAAGCUUAUGAUUAAGUGAAAGCUGUAUACAGUUCACAUGUAGUUUCCCCAGGUACAAGGUGCUCUCCUGAAUAUUUAUUUUUUGUAUUUUUCAUAUUCUGUGUACACAACAGUAUUUUUUUUGUUGUUUUUAUCCCCCAGAGUGGUACAUUUUUGUGGCAGUCUUUAGAGGACAUUUGAGAUGCCAAUCCUUCCUAACUUUCUGUCUUUGCAUGUUAGGUUCUGAUGUAGAAUUCAAUAUCCUCUUGUAAAGCAUAUGCUAAUCCAUAUUUUAGAGAAAGUAAUAGGCCUAACUAUACUGCCAUCUGCCUCCACUUUACCUUCCUAAUUUUGUGUUCGUCCACAGCACCAUAUUUACAAUAUGUAGUCUAUAUUAAAAUCCACUGACAGCUCCCCAGCCCUCAAGCAUGCACUAAUAUUGGGUUUAAUGAUGCUUUGUGUUUAAUGUAGCUUUUGAAGGUGAUGUAAAAUUAGACAGGAAUGCUACGCAUAACAUGCUAUAACUAUUAAUGUGUAUCUUCUUUUUUUUUGAGUGAAAAUUGAGUGAAAAUGACUUUAUUUAAAUGAUAGAUGUGAAGAACGACUGUAGAUUGUACUCGAGAGUAACAUUACUGCACCAACUCAUAACUUGUAUGUUGUAUUCUCAACUUUUUGGUUUAUGUACCAAGUCCAGCAUCUGUAACCAGGUUUCCAUCUAACCAUUUCCUUGGAGGAAUUGCCUGGCGCAUGAAAAAAGUCACAACCGGCCUGAUGGAAACAGUAAAUUCCGGUACAAUUUUAUAAAUGUCGACAGACUAUUUGUUCGUUUGGUCAAAUAAAUUAUGGGAGUAAAUGACGGUGGAAACGCCUUUGUACAAAUAUUGAUAUAAAACGCAUCAUAUUGAAUAUGAAUUUGGAGUUACGCGACGUGUUGUCCUCACACCACGACUCGGGAAAGCAUGCAGUUUAUUAGGCUCCAGAUUAAAUACAUUCUGAUGAAAAAAAGUGCAUGGUGAUGAGCUUCUCCUUUCCAAUAAAUAUCCAGGGUGUUAUUCUGGUGACAUAAUCAUCGAUGCUUAGCUGCCGUUUUGACAAAUAAUCUGUCUCUUAUCCAUAAUAAUCUCAUGUAGGUAGCCUAACAGCACUGAAUCUGCCAGCUGUUGGCAAGAGUGCAUGUGUCAAGACCAUAGUGGGCACAUUUGCUAUUUAAUGCAACAGUUUUUGACGAAACCAUCAGAGUUGAAAAUGUGAUGGAAACUCAUUUAACUUGUAUUUUUUAAAUUCAGUACAUGGGAAUUUAACCGCAAAAGUAAAUGUUGUGCAGUAAGUCAGUUAGAUGGAAACACGUGUAUAUUGUUUUAUGCAGAUUUUAGAAUAUCAUUAAAUCUUUCGCUAAUUGGCUGAAAACCUAUCUUGAGACAAUACCCACAGUCGGUUGUGAAAAUCUGGAUUUCUGUGAUACAGAUGCUGUCCAAUUAUUGUUACAUUGCUUUGACAGAGUUUUCAGUCUGCAAAAAUAUUAUGAGUAUGUAGCUAAUAUUUAUGUAAUAUGCGUUACAAUGCCAAAUGUAUUUAACGGGUUCUAGCACAUUUCCCUCUGUUAGUAGUUUGGCAUUUGCCUCUGAAAGCGUACUUGACUCUUCAUGUUUUUCAUCAUAUGAGUAUGCUAGUAUACCUGAUUUCAAUGGAUACUAACAACUAUUGUUUAUCUCAACCAAUGUUUUUAGCAAACAUUUGCCUAACCUUAUUCUUUUAACUGUGUUGUGAGCAUACGUCUCUUAGUGUCACUUGUGUAUGUUAUGUAUGUUUCUAUUCACCAUAGUAACAAGGGAUUACUUGAUAGUUAUUUUAGUUUAUGCCAAAUUGGCGACUGUAGGUUAUGAAACUUAAAACUAUUUGUGCCCAUUAUUUAUGUGUGCCGCUAACAAUGUGAUAGUAAGAACUAAUUAGUGUUGAAUCUAGUGCAUUUUUUUGCUUACCUUUUUAUACUGUGUAUGUGUUGCAGUGCUGAAACACUAAAAGAUUCAGUACCCUGAAGGGAGAUUGAAGUUUUCCCCAAGAUUAAAACGAUUGUUCAGACGAAUUACAAAAUAAGUAAUCCAUUUGUUUCCUUACUUCUCCUUGUCCAAAGACUGCUUUACAGGUAAGGAAACAAAAAAAUAGAAAUGUGUAAUUUGGCUGAACUAUCCCUUUUAAUACACCAAAUAAUUUAUGGUACUUUAUCUUAUCAUUAAUAUAUGAGUAUGGAAGGAUUAAUGCGUAUUCCAAAACAUACAAUAUAAGCUUUCAUGUAAUACCCAAUGCCCAUUUAUGUGAAUUUCCUAUAUUUUUGGUAAAGCAACUAUUUAAGCUAUUCCGUCCAUUCUAAAAAAUAAACUGUAGCAUAUUCCAACUGAAACGCGUUCUCUUGGGUACUGCAUCUUGAAUAUUGUAGGUUGUCACUACCCUUCAUAUAGCCUAUUGGGUUCAUUUUGUAUUAGUAAACCAUGUAUGCUGGAUCACUGUAAAUCAAAUUAAAUAAAUUACUGAAAUGUUA